CAAAAACCUCUCAUAAAUAAAAUCGAAUAAAACCCAAACCCUAAAACAUUACCAGUAAUUGGAAUUUGGGUCUUAUACAUGGAAAUGGAGGAGAGUUUCAAUGUUAGAGUCAACAAAAUAUUCGGUUCUCUCUCCUCCUCUUCCUCCUCCUCCUCCUCGUCGUCGUCGUCAUCGUCAUCGUCGUCCUCCAAAUCACAGUCACUCAGCUCUCUGUGGUGCCUCACGGACGACGAAAUUGAGAAACAAGAAUGGAACCGAGACAAGGACAGUCCCGAGCCGGAGCUCCAAGGCAAACAAUUUUGUCUGAACAAAGAAUUUGGAGAAAAGAAGCCGAUGGAUUUCCGUACGGAGCUAGAGAAGGACCUUGAUGACUUGGACGACGAUGUGGAGGAGGCAGGUGCGUCGUCGACGUUGACCUCGAGUAAAGGUGUUAAACCAGACGAUUAUAACGAUGAGGAGUGGGAGAUUAAGUCUUCAAUUGGAUUGGACUGCACUCUUGAUUAUGAGGAAGAGGAAGAUGAGUAUGAUAAAUUGGCUGUUGGCAAGAAGGGUGUCCAUUACCUGUAUAUGGAUGAUGUAAAUGAUUAUGAGACAGAAGCUGAUUCUUACCAUGGACUUCCAACUUCAUUCAAGGAUGUCAUUAGGGAUCCACGUGCAAAUCACAUAGCUGCAAAGAUAAGGCUCAAAGAAGAUGCUGAAGCUGCUAAGAGAAGACUUGAAGAAGACGCAGAAGCUGCUAAGAAAAUCAAUUCCUUGCGGGUGUCUGACAAUGAUGCACCUGCUAAUAUAUAUGCUCAAAUUAGCACAUCUGAGGAUGGUAAUCUGAAAUCAAUUCUCAAGAGGAAGGAUGUUGAGUCUGAUUCAAAGUCGCAAAAACGUGUUCGGUUUGAUUCUGAAUGUAAAUAUGAUGGUCAUGAGGGGUCUGAAGGAACCAAAGAUGCUACAAUGGAGACUUGCCCUGCUGAGGAAGCAAAAGUUUCUAACCAAGUAUCAGUGUUGCCUCAGGAUUUUCCUUCUGGAGUUCCUGAUUACGUGCGUAAUCCUUCAAAGUACACGCGUUAUACUUUCGAUUCAUCAAGUAACAUUGAUGAGGAAUCUAAUCGGCAAGCAUAUAUGGACUUUCUUAAGGUGCUUAAGAAGUCAGAGACUACUGAAUCAAAACCAGAUGAUUCUUCCGAUGAACCAAAAUCGGUUACUUUCAUACCAAGAAGGAAAUGUAGUGAUGCUACUAUGGGAGAAAGUAGUGUACAGUCAAAACAAAAGCUGGCAGAUUAUGACCAGGAGCCUAUGCAGAAGAGAGGCUUGCCCAUUGGCAUUGCAGCUGAAGAUACAGAUGAGGAUGAAGUUUGCAUGAUGGAGGAAGAUGAACCACAAACAACAGGUGAUAAGAAAAGCAGCUCACAGAGGUCAGGCCGCAAAUAUCGGAUGAAACCAUGCUCAGAGCUUGAUUAAUCUAAUAUUUGACUACUUCAUGCACAUUUGACCUGUGUCUGGAUUGCUAGUUUCUACUUUUUAGUUGAACUGGUUGAGCAUUUGCAUCUGAAAUGUUCUUAACUUUGGGUGUUUAUUAUGAAGACGACACUCUGCUUACUCUGUAAAUAAUGACAAAAGAAAAUUCUGUAGUACGAGGAGGCCUUAGACCCUCCCAUCCCAUGUGCCCUUGAUCCUUUUCUGUGUCUAGAGGAAAGCAAUUUAUCACUCUCAAAUAACCCGUGGUACCCUUU